AUCAGAAGUGAUUAGAACUUUCCUAAUCUUUCUUGACAGUUGGCAGUUCAUUUUAGUUAUCAAAGCUGUUCAGUCCUAAGUUUUCCGUGGUGCUGUAGAAAAAUGAGUUGGUUAUUAUAUAUCGCUUUGUUCGUAGCCGGGAGUAUUUCUGCCGAAUUAACAGAGUUUACAACCUCGUCAACCAGCUUCACGUUAGAUUUCUUCAAACGUGCUUAUGUCCCAGCGGAAAAUGUAGUUCUCUCACCCAUUUCGAUUCAGUCAUCUUUGACUAUGUUCUACCCGCUGGCAGGAAGCAAAGUAUCACCGGCAAUGCAACAGCAUCUCUACUUGCCGGCUGAUAAGGACCGUGCGACAUCCAACCUUCGCGGUUUCCUACAGGCAUUGAAUGAGCAAGGCAGUGCAGGGUCUUCGACCCUCAAAGUGGUCUCCAAAGUAUAUCACGUUAACGCUAAGCUCAAACCACAAGUCGAACCACUGUUUAAAGACACCUUUGGGGCGGAAAUUGAAACAGCGGAUUUUCACGAUCAGGCUAAGGUUGCCGCUGCUGUUAACGAGUGGGUUGACCAAGCGACAAAUGGAAUGAUCAAAGAAUUCAUGCAGGCUGAUGAUGUGCGCGUGGACAACGACCUGAUGCUGUUGAACGUGGUUGCGUUGAACGCUUCCUGGGCAGUGCCGUUCAAUCCAUCCGAUACAGAAUCAGUGCCGUUUCACUUCGUAAACGGCGAUCACCAGGUGGAUAUGAUGUUCAAACAAGAACAACUGCUCUAUGCAAACCUUCACGAACAUGGGUGUCAAGCGGUUGAAUUGCUUUACGAGGAAGGGACGGACCUGUCGAUGGUGGUUGUAUUGCCGAUGAAGAAAUCGACAUUGGAAAAUGUAGUUCGUAAUAUGGAUAUUAACUUUUACGAGAGAAUCAACGAGCGUUUGAAUGAAGAACGAAUACAACUGGCCAUGCCCAAGUUUACGAUGCGAAGGAAAACUGACGCACAGGAUUUGUUGAAGGAUAUGGGAUUGACUGCCUUGUUUGAGGAGCUGGAUUUGGAUUUGUUAGUGAGGGAUAAGUCUCGCAUCGGGGAAGUUAGACAAACUGCGUUCAUAAAGGUCGACGAAAGUGGUACGGAAGGGGCUGCUGCUACCGAAACUCAAGCCGUCGGUCGAGCUGGCUACCCGAACUUCUACGUUGACCGACCGUUCCUCUAUUUGAUCAGGAAACGCUCGACCAAGGAUAUCAUCUUCAUCGGACACUAUUCCGUUUUCGAGCAGCCGCAAUAGGAGAACCGUUGGCGAGGCUACACUCUGCUAAUGCAACAUGUGGCCUUUCGGUUGCAACUUAAAUUAUGCUAAACAGUUAGUUUAAGAAUGUUGAAUAAAGCCAAUCGACUUUCCUCUUUGUUUUUU